UUGGCAUUUUCCUCUUAUAAAAAGCGAUACAGCUUUUGUCAAAUUAACUCAAAAAUAUAUAUAUUUUAGUUAACUCCAUUCGUUUCCCCAACGUUAACCUGUUACGUAAAUUAUCCUAACCUGCUAAGAAAAGUCAAAUCUGACCAAAAACUGUAUCCCGUCUACUCAAAACCCUUAUCUCCCUACUGUCACAUGGCAUGAAUAAGAUGCAUGUAGACAUGGGGGAGAUAGAAAAUGAACCAGUGCUACCGAAAAUUACUGAUGCCAAGGGUAUUCUCCAACAGAACCGCGAGUUCCUGGACUUCUUCUGGGAUAUCGCUAAACCUGAACAAGAGAUACGGCUGAAGGCCAUUGAAAAUCUCAUACAAUAUCUGAAGACUAGUGAAAAGACAGAUGAGUUGACAUACACCCUGAAGAGACUGGUGGAUGGCUUGGCACACACUAGAGAGGCUGCCCGGCCAGGCUUCAGUUUGGCUUUGGGACAGGUACUGAGCGUGUUUGAGGAGGUACCUCUGCGUACAGCCUUUGAUCAAAUCAAAGAGAAGCACAACUUGGCGAAAGUGAAAAAGAAACUCAUCAGAAAUGCUGCUUUUGGGAACUUCUUUGGUGUGCUCGCCCUGUCUCAGUCCACACGCCUUCCAAAGGAGCCUCAGGUGGUGCUGGAGUGUGUCCAGCUCCUCCAGAGCCUAUCGCAGUAUAGAGAACACCUGCGGGACCUGCCCAGGAAGACCAUGGUGGACAUCCUGUCUGAGACGUCAGAGGAGGUGUUUGAGGAGGUGCUGCUGGGAGCCCUGCAGACAGACCUGUCCUCUGCCUUCAGCACCCCUGAGCAGCUGCAGCUCCUCCUGGUGGCCAUGCAGAAGUUCCCCCAGGUGCUCAAGCCCAAGAAGCUGAAGAAGCUGCUGGGCACCUCCACAAUCAUUACCAUGGACAAUAUCCCUAAGUUGACAGAUGUAGUGAAGAUGGCGGCCCGCUCAGUCAAGAAGGACCGCCUGCUGCCUGCGGUGGCUCUGGACCUGCUGCAGAUCUCUCUGAGGGAGGACAACUUUGAGCUCUUCUGGAGGGAGACCAUCAUUAACGGCAUGCUGAAAGACCAGCCGGGGCCCACACAUUACCUGAGCUACCGGCUGUUGGGUAGUGCCCUGCCCUUGUUGACCCUGGCCCAGCUGAAACAGGUGUUAAAUGGAGAGGUGAUGAGGACCUACGGGGAACACGUGGUCUCUGCACAGCUCCCAGACCGCUUUAAGUUUGCCCCCGAGAUGGAGACGUACGUUGGCGACUUCCUGCAGGGCUGUGAUGACCCGGAGAAGCAGCUGGCGGUUAUGGUGGCCUUCUCCUUGCUCACAAACCAGGGCUACCCUGUGGUGCCCUCCUUCUGGAGGGUUGUGCAUCACCUGCAGCCGACCGCACUGCAGAGCUACGUGGACUGGCUCAAAGACAUGUUCCUCAACCCCCGGCUGGACAGCUGCCUGGACUUCAGCACCCGCAGGCAGAAGGAGAACCAGGAGGGCGGAAUCCAGAGAGAGAACUGUAUAUUCCGCCUGAGGAAGUGGAUCAUUCCACGCCUAACCUCCAUCGCCGAGAACAACCAGGUGAAGAGAGAGGAGGCUCUAGUGAUGGAUGUAGCCAGGUUUGUCUUUUUCCAUGCGUUCUUCAAUGCUAAGAAGGCCACCCCAGACAUACUUGAGACAGAAGCCACCCUGUCAGUGCCCCUGGAUGAGAAGACCAGAGCCAUCAUCAUAAACUCCUUCUUUGGAUUGCUGCAGCACAUCAACCACCUGCCUUUGCUGGGCGACUCCCCUGAGGUGGCAGCCCGCAACCAGAGGCACAUGCAGGGUGUGAUGGCUGACGGCUCCAUGUGGAUCUUCUGUCUGGUGCGGUACGCUGACACCCUACUCAACCAGCCCAAGUACGCUCAGAGCACCCAGCCCUUCAGCCCCGAGCAGAGACAGGCCUGGGACAGUAUGCUGGCGUCAGUGGGGACUCUAAUGAAGAAAUCUAAGAAAGGCCAGACUCCAGAGACCUCUGCUUUCCAACAACUCUUCCUGCUGGUUGGCAUUCACCUCUUCAAGGCUCCAGAGGAUUUGGUAGACCUGAUGCAGGAUCUGCAGAACUGCAUGGAAAAAGCCCAAGAGAAGAAGUCCAAGAAGAAGAAGGCGGUAACCGGUUCUGCAACAGCAGGAGAGGAGGAGCCCCACUGGGCUGAGGUGGUGGUGGACAUCCUGCUCUCACUCCUGUCCCAGCCCAGUAGACACAUCCGCCACGUCUGCAGGACUGUCUUCUCCAACAUCUGUCCCCACGUCACCGCCAGAGCCCUCACCGCCAUCUUGGAUGUUCUGGACCCAGAUAAAGAUGAGGAGGACAGUUCCAUCGUGGUGACGGAUGAUAAAGACUCUGACAAAAUAAAGAAGAAAGACAAAAAAAAGAAAGGCAAGGAUGAAGACGACGAAGAGAUGAAUGAGGAUGAGUCGGAUGCAUCAGACGACGACUCUGAUGAGGGUGAAGAUGAGGCCAUGGAGGAGGGGAGCGAGGUGGAUCAGAACUUCCGCAUUGAGCUGAUGAAGGUCCUACAGAACCAGGGUGCUCUGGCCACUGAAGAGGAUGGCAGCGAUGGUGACGAGCUGGACGAUGAAGCCAUGAUGAAGCUGGACGGCAGCAUCGCAGGACUGUUCCUUGAACAGAAGAAGAAGAUGCAGGCCAAGAAAGAUGAGAAGGACAAGCUAAAAAAGGAAAAGACCCUCGUCAGAGACUUCAAGAUCAAGGUGCUGGACCUGGUGGAGGUGUUCCUGGCCAGGCAGGGCAGCAGCCCUCUGGUGCUGGGCAUGGUGGAGCCCCUGCUCAGCGUCAUCGAGAGCGGCAUGAGCUCCGAGAGCGACCAGCAGGAGCAGGACUUCCUCCGCAAGGCCGCAGACAUCUUCAAGAACCAGCUGUGCCGGGCCAAGCAGUACUGUAAGACCGUAGGUGACAGACAGGGGGAGCUCCACGACCUGCUGGAGAAACUCAUGACCAAAACCCAGAAGCUGUCUGACUCCUCAGUGUCACUCUACUUCUUCAGUGCAUCUCUGUACCUGGUCAAGGUGCUGAGAGGGGGGGCGCCCGUGGCCUCAGCAGAUGGCAAGACAACACCUUCUACUGAGCUGAGGUUCAUGGGUAACGUGGACGUGGAGAGGGUGUCGGCCAUCUUUAACGGGGCGCUCUGCUCCUUCAUGACGCGCAGGAAAAGCCCUCUGUCAGGCCUAAUGUUUGUCGACCUCUUCACCCGCUUCCCUGUUCUGUGUGUGAACCUGUUGGUGACCGCAGUGGAACACAUCACAACAGGAGUCAGAGAACACCAACAGAGCCAGGCCAGUGCCAUGGUGCUGCGGGGGCUGCAGAGCAGGGAGGUACAGCAGCUGUUAGCAGGCAACCCCUGGGCAGGGCUGCUUCAGCAGGCGGUGGGCCGUGUGGCAGCGAGUCUGGAGACUGUAGUUGAGACUGGUAAGAACAAGGUGGUCCAGGAGAAGUUGGUCAAAGCCCUGGAGCUCGGUCUCUUCCUGGUCAAAACUGUCAACCAGCAGAAGCUGUCUGUGGAUCUGGAGCCCCUCAAAAAGGUUCUUCAGUCCAUGAGAGAGGUUCUGGGCUUCAGGAAGACUGGACAGAUGGAGGACACCUACUGGGCUGUUAUGAAACAUUUUGGAGUCAUAAAGCCCAAAAGGGACAGAACCAGGAAAACCAAAGACCAGGCAGAGCUGACCGCUCCCAAGAAGAAGAAAGGAUUCCUGCCCGAGACCAAGAAGAGAAAGAACCGCAAGAAGCAACUGCCUGUCUCUGAGCAGGGGGCAGCAGAUGCCAACACAGUCCCCUUGGGGAAACCAGAGGGAGGAAAGAAGAAAAUAAACAAAAUCAAGAGGAAACUACCAGGAGGAGGAGAGACACCUGGACAGGGUCCGACCAAGAAGGCCAAGACGACACAGCCUGAAGGCAAACAGAAGAAGGGAGGCAGAGGAGAAUAAAGUGGACUAUAUGUGUGUACUUAGGCCAGAGAGAGAGCCUGUGGUUGUGAAGAUGGGGUCUCAUGCUCUGGUUUUGUAACUUUGCUCUACGAAGAGCUCCUAUUGAUAUCCUUUUCAUACAAAGGAAGGGUGAGGUUUGUUUGUGGCCUUAGACUGUAUGUUCCCUUUGCGUCCCCACCCCAUCCCAACACAUCAGUGUGAAUCUUCUGCAAAAUUCUGGAGUGUUCAUAAGCCUCUGAACUGAUAAGUAUUCAAAUAAUAAUUGGUCAUUGCUUUGUCUAUGCGCCAUUUUCCUUGCAUGCGUUCUCUGCGAACAAGGGAGCAUAGUCUGCUUGAAUCCAGGCCUUGGGGAUUAUGCUAGUAGACCUCAAGCCUAUUGAAUGUGUUGCACAUGGUGAAAUAACACUGCUUUUAUUGAUAUUAAACAUGUUACAUUAUGGCAAGUCACACAACAGAAUCUGAGACUGUUGAUCUUUCUUAGUAAUUCUGCCAAAACAGGGUUCCAUCUCAAUGUAGGCAGAUGGAGAUUCUCUGGUCGGUCCGGUUUGUCCUCAGUACACUGUUGAAGAGACUGGAAGGAAAAGAGUGGUCCAAUGAGGAAUUGUCUGCGUUGCACCCAUAGAGAAACUCAUCUGUCCCAUUAGUCUUUUUUAAAUUGAACCUUUACCUUGGCAAGCCGGUUAAGAACAAAUUCUUAUUUACAAUGACAGCCUACCAAAAGGCCACGGGAUUUAAAAUAGCACGAUUGGCUGAGCCCUCCGCCAAUGAAGUUGGAAGUCCCAUUAUCUAUGGUUGAAUUUCAGAAGAUAAAGGGACAAUACACUCCCAAGUUUAACUUCUUUUUAGACCUCUAUGAUGAGUCCAUGUCCCAAGCAAUAAGUUGUGUCGACCCUGCUAUUUAAUUUCUUAUUUUAACCUUUAUUUAACUAAGCAAGUCAGUUAAGAAUAAAUUAUUAUUUUCAAUGAUGGGUUAACUGCCUUGUUCAGGGGCAGAGUGACAGAUUUUUAUCUUGCCACCUUUCGGUUACUCGUCCAACGCUCAAACCACUAGGCUACCUGCCGCACCAACCCAAAUCAAUUCAAAGACACGUACAACAAAUCUGGAAAUACCAUGGUGCUUUUCCAUUCAUUUUAUCUUGUGGAUGGCCUGUGACAUGGACUUAUCUUGGGAGUGUGAUAUUCCUUUAAGAUGGCGCCAGUAAUAGUAUUGUUUUAAAGGAGGCAUUACAGAUAAAAGUAAAACUAGUUCAUAGAGAUGGGAGCUGUACUCACGUCCACUGCUGCUCAGGCUGGAGGACAUGUAGCUGCUCCCGCCUCCGAAGGAACCCCCGCCUCCGUAGGAUCCCCCACCUCCGAAAGACCCUCCACCUCCUCCUAACCCCAGACCUCCUCCAAAACCUCCAAAGCCACUGCCCAGACCCCCUCCAAAGCCACCUCCUAGGCCUCCACCCAUUCUGUAGCCACCGCCCAGACCCAUGCCGCCGCCGCCUCCUCCUCCUCCCAGACCCAUGCCGCCGCCGCCUCCUCCUCCUCCCAGACCCAUGCCGCCUCCUCCUCCUCCCAGACCCAUGCCGCCGCCGCCGCCUCCCAGGGCCAGGCCAGCCCCACCUCCUCCUCCUCCUCCAAUGGCAGUCUUAGACAUGUGCACGGUCACGCCGCCUCCUGACCUCAGUCUGAAACCAUAUUCAUCACAAAUACAUGACUAUCAUAGAGACGGGCGUAGAACUUCAUAGAGCGUCAAUCAGCACUUAUAUGGGUGAACAUCUGGAUGAUGUAUGAGACCCUACUCUCUUACCUGCUCUCCUCGCUGUCCAGAAGCUUCUUGUAUGCAGUGAUCUCAACAUCUAGAGACAUUUUACUGGCCAGGAGUUCCUGGUACUCUUGACCAUAGUGUGUUAUUUGCUGUAAGAAGAGCAUGAUUCAUGGGUUAUGCUGCACCUAGAAACUGCACGUGAAAGUGGCUCAUAGGAGUUGUAUUUUUUACUGGUGUAUACUUGUGGAGGACUCUACCCCAUCCUUACCUUUCUGAUGUCAUCCAGCUGCAACUUGAGGGUCAGCACCUGCUCCUGAUAGGUCUCUGUGUGGGAGCUGGAGUGGGACUCUGCCUCAUCCACCUGAGAUUCCAUCUGGAUGUUCUACAAUGGGAGAGAUCAGUCCUGCGUAUUAAAACACUGUGGCGAGCAUUAGGUUGUCAGGAGAUAGGACUGGGAUACUUAACCUCAUACUGUCAUUUAUGAAAUCAAUGAAACAUUUUCUUUGAGGCUGUAUAAUUUCAGGGUAGACAAGGUCAUGUUCCUACCAGGGUCUUGAGUCUGUCGAUCUCCCUCUGUACUGAGUCGAUCUGCAGUUUGUACAUGCGCAGCUCCUCUUUGGUUUGGGUCAGAGUCUGGGUACUGGGCUGGGACGUCAUGGACAUCAUGGAGAGCUGGGGUUUGAAAUAAGAAAAAGGAGGUUACAUUUUCAUGGUGCCUUCACUAGUCUUAGUCUACGCAAACUUGAGAAAUAAACAUAAGAUUUGAGGUUGGAUGCUGGAAGGCAAUGUAGGCUAAAAUAGUGUAUUCUGAGUGCAAUGCUAAGAACAUCCACUUGGGGGAGACUGCAACACAGAUAGGAAUGAGAGAUAAUGAAUGUUGUACUGGUUCCAAUGGUGUUAGCAAAACAGGUCAUUUUUGCAACUAGUUAUCGUUAGAUAAUGCCUGACAGACUUGAUAUUAUUAUUAUGUUAAUGCAAUAUAAAGUUGAUGGACCAAUAGACUGGUUGACAAAAUGCAGACUAGAUACUGUCGGUCGCUGAAGGGUACAUACACUGUCCUGCACAGAAACAAGGGCGUCCUGCUUGCUGCGCUGGGCCAGGGCUUCAUAGUGGGACUUGACAUCUGACAGGGCAGAGGUCAGGUCCUGGGCUUGGGCUGCGUUGUCCACCGAGAUGGAGAAGGCUGACCUCACACUGCCCGUCAUGAUGUUCCUCACCUCCUUCACUUUCUACAACACAAAGCAAAUGUGUUAUGUCUAAUGUCCAAUUGUUUUAGUCUUCCUUGUGGCUAUGGCAACAUAAUACAGCUUUUAAAAUA